CAAUUUCUGACACAAGAGGAACGAAAUGGAUCUGAAAUGUUAUCAAUAACGAGUGAUUUUUUUAUUUGUUUUUUGUAUUGAUAACUGCUACUGAAGUGGUUCAGUGUAUGUGUGUGCCUUUUCAUCCAAAUAGCAAUUGUUUAUAGCUAUAAAAUGGAAGGUCGCAAUCAUAGCAGCGACUCUUUGGCUUCCAACUCAUCCAACUCCAAAAUCGGACGAGAUUCUGCCUCAUCAAGCAGAGGAUCGGCUGUCAAAAGUCUGUCAAGCUCCACUUCAGCUUCUAAUGAAUACUUUCCUGAUUUUGACUCCAAAGUCACCAUCAAAGAGCCAUCAAUUGUUGACAGCCCGACUCCUUUGUUGACGGGGGAAAAAAUCCAAGGAGCUGCCAGAGAUGUGACCUACUUGUGUCCUUUCAUAGGACCAGUGAGGGGAGCGUUAACUGUCACAAACUACAAAAUCUACUUUCGCAGUUCAGAUCGUGAACCCCCAUUCAUUCUUGACGUUCCUUUGGGUGUAGUCAGUCGAAUUGAGAAGAUGGGAGGGGCCAGCAGCCGUGGGGAAAACUCUUAUGGAAUCGAACUCAUCUGCAAGGAUCUAAGGAAUUUGCGUUUCGCCCACAAACAGGAAAAUCAUUCACGAAGAAAUGUAUUCGAAAAACUGCAGCAGCACGCGUUCCCUCUCUCACACAGAAUGGGUUUGUUUGCUUUUGAAUUUAAAGAAGAAUACCCUGAAAACGGUUGGACAAUGUACGAGCCCGUUGCCGAGCUGAAACGUCAAGGUUUGCCCAACGAGAGCUGGCGGAUCACCAAACUCAACGAAAACUACGAAAUCUGUGACAGUUAUCCAGCCGUUUGGGCCGUUCCCGCUGCAGCUACGGACGACGAACUCAGAUAUGUGGCCUCUUUCCGUAGCCGCGGCCGUUUGCCAGUGCUAUCGUGGAUCCAUCCCGAGAGUCAAGCCACCAUUACGCGCUGCUCACAACCACUCGUGGGAGUGAGUGGCAAACGCAGCCGGGACGAUGAGCGCUACGUCCAGCUCAUACUGGACGCAAACGCUCAGUCCCACAAACUUUUCAUUAUGGACGCACGGCCGAGCGUCAAUGCGGUAGCCAAUAAAGCCAAAGGAGGUGGUUACGAAUCGGAGGAUGCCUACCAAAAUGCUGAACUUGUUUUCAUGGACAUCCAUAAUAUCCACGUCAUGAGAGAAUCUCUGCGGAAAAUCAAAGAAAUUUGUUUCCCGACUGUAGAUGACGUGCACUGGUUGUCAGCGAUUGAAUCAACCCAUUGGCUGGAACAUAUCAAGUGUAUUCUUUCGGGUGCCGUUCGGAUUGUUGAUAAGGUUGAAAAUCACCGGACCUCAGUGAUGGUCCACUGUUCUGAUGGGUGGGACCGAACAGCCCAAUUGACGGCGAUUGCCUUGCUCUUGCUUGAUCCUUAUUACCGCACUCUGCGGGGAUUUCAAGUGAUCAUUGAGAAAGAAUGGCUGAGCUUUGGGCACAAAUUUGCCCAAAGGAUCGGCCAUGGAGAUGACAGGCAUUCAGAUGCUGAUAGGUCUCCUGUAUUCCUUCAGUUUAUCGAUUGCGUUUGGCAGGUGACACGCCAAUUUCCUAGUGCGUUCGAGUUCAACGAACAUUUUCUCAUUACGAUUCUUGACCAUUUGUACUCGUGCCUGUUUGGUACAUUCCUAUUCAACACCGAACAACAAAGAGUGAAAGAAGAUGUGAAACAGCAGACGGUUUCACUAUGGUCCUUCAUCAAUAGCCACACUGAUGAAUUUAUCAAUCCUCUCUACUGUGCAGCCUAUGUCGAACAGCAUGUUCUAUUCCCAGUCGCAAGUCUGCGUCAACUUCGACUGUGGACUAACUAUUACUGCCGUUGGAAUCCUAGAGUUCGACCACAGGAGCCUAUUGCCGCUAGAUCGCGAGUAUUGGUUUCUCUACGCUCUCAUCUCCAACGACGAGUCCAGGAACUGCAAAAGGAACUGGAUGCCCGACUGGCUCGUGGCACUACCACAGUUACGCAAAGCAACGAGGGACGUUCCGCAGCAGCGAGAGUAUCAUCCCCCAUCUAUAGUUGAAGAACUAGCUAAUGCGCUACUCCUCCAUAACCACGUAUAUACAUUUUUCACUUCCUUUUCUCUGUUGAACACUGCAAGUUUAUUGGCCGAACAAAUAUAAAGAAUUCACGAAGCCAAAUGAACCGCUAAAAAUAAUCUAAAUCAACGUUAGUAGUAAUGUUAUUCGCGUUAAGGUUGUUGAAUUUGGGAAAUUUAUUGGCACAGGUUCUCUGUAUUUUGGUUAAUACAGAAUUUUAGCUGAGUGACUAUGGUGAAUGUCAAAAGGGAACCGUAAGAGAAAGGAAAAAGAGCAAGGAAGUAGCAACUGUUGCAUUAACUUAAUGAAUCCCAAGCGAAAUUGCUGCUUUUUCUUUGUCUUUUUUCCAUUUCUUAUGCUAUCUCGGUUCCAGCUUGCGGGAAAUUUUGACUAGAAUUUCGUAAAACACUUUUUGUUGCUGUUACGUAAUAAUAUGUCGAGUAAUUAUGCAAACUUAUGAUCAAUUUUGUAGUGUAGCCCUGUUCCAUCGAGUCUGAUUAGUCGACCUGAGAUAUCAAGAAGCCGAUGUGAAAUUAACGUGUACCGAAGUCACUAGUCAGGUAGCCAUUAAUUUCUAGUGAUAAUCUAGUAAACAUUUUGGUUUUUUGAUCUAACAAAAACUGUACACAGUAAUAAAAGAAAGACAUCCAUGCUGGUGUUCAACCAUUCAACAUUUGCUUUCAGUUGAACUUUUUGAAUCUCAUGUUAAUUAAUUUUGGGAUGCAUUUCAGGAUUCAGGACUUUCAUAACUUUUUUUUUAAAAUUGCAAGAAAUAUUCAAAAAUAGUUUGGCUCUAAAAUACGCAGCUGUCAAUCAGUUGAUGGACUUAUCUCCCCCUAAGAACAUUAAUGAUCACACCAACCAAACAAGGAUAUCAAAAAUCUCCUACCCCUCUCCAGUUGCACAGCAAUUGAAUCUGUUAACCAGUUGGUUUGAUCGCACGAAUGAUAAAUUGAUAAGGGUAAUCCUUGCUGUUUUGCCUUUUAUUUGCUUCCCUUCUUAUCAACACUUAUACUAUGAUUGGAGUUAUAAUAUGAAAAUGUCUAGGCGAAGGUGAACACUCGUACUCGCUUCACUAUUCCGCAUCUCUUUCCUACUAUUCCUACAACACUGAGUUAAAAUUUCAGCUUUGAAAUGUAUCGUUUUUAAAAACGCCAGAAUUAAAUUCCUUAAAGUUUGGCUUAAAACCACAGUAGUUUUUUCAUCAACCCACGCUUUAAAACCGUUACUAUCCUGAUAAAAGAAAAUGGUAAAAAUGCAAGGAGAAAACAGUAAAAUUAUUGGAACAAUUGGUGACUAUGAAAUUGGUGCUAAAUGGCAGUGGAAAUUCAACACAGGCAAAAUCUCUUCAACUUUAUUGAUAAUUUCACUGUUUAUGUCAUUACUGAUGAUGGCAGUUAGUGGCACACUUUGGGUACAGUUCUCCAGGUUGUCUGUCAAGCAAGCAGAGCUUGCUGAAAUCAGCUCAAACAUCAGAGAAAUACAGUCCAAAUUACAAAUGGAAUGGAAAGAAAUGAAAAAACUACGAGAGGAAUUGAGUAGUUCUCUUUAUGGCAACAAGGAAGGAAGCAUUGAAGAUGGUGACAUUAAUUAUCGAGAGAAAAGAAGUGACACUAGGGGAAGCUCAAACAACCAAAUAAGUAAGAAACAAUCCAUCAAGGGAAAGAUGAAGGACCAUAACUCAUCACUUGGCAAAUCUUCUCUCAAGCACACCAACAUUAAACAUGCACCAAAGGUUACUGCCGUCCAUUUGGAGAGAAACGUAGAUUUCGCAAACACAGGCUCAAAUGGGGUCAUCCAACGCUGGCACCCGCAACAUUGGUCACCGACCAAUAAUUCACUCGUCGUAGAAAGCUUAAAACUUGAAGAUCACAAUUCUAGUUUGGUUAUACCCAGUACUGGACUAUACCUUAUCUAUGCCCAGGUGCUAUGCUACGCGGCGACCAGAGAUAACAACAGUUACGAAGUUCGUGUAAUUAAUCAGGGAGCAACCAGCUCGCAAUCCAAGAUAAUCGCUCAGUGCAGUGCUGGAACUACGAUCCACGAUAAUGAUAUUACGUGCUACACAUCAGUUGCUCAAAUGCUUCAAGCUAAUGACAGAGUUUACCUGCAACAAAUACAAAAAAAUCGACACUUGUUAAUGAGCAUGGGUCGCAGCUUCCUGGGAAUUGUGAAGUUGAUGUAAACCCGGAAACAGUAAUAUUGAUUUCAUUUUGAGUUUAACCAUUAUAACCUUUUUUUUUUUCACUGUGUUGACCCGGAUCAAGUAAUCGUACAAAGCCAAUUUGUGAUCACGUAUUGCGUCGUUGUGAUAAUGCUAUUCGAUUUUGUGUUGUUUGAUAAUCGAAGGAAAAAAAAAAAGAAAUACAAUUACCUCCCAACUUUAAA